UCCCCCUAAUAUAAUCACCAAUAAUGAUCACCUCAUACCCCUCCGCGGCCACCGCCACCAUCACCACCGUUGAUUGCGAGAAACAAGUCCGUUCGUGGCGACUCCUCCGUUCUCUAGUGGAGUUACUCAUCCCUAGUUGUUACUGUACGUUUGUUGAACCUACAAAACUUGUCCCGAGUAAAAAACCUGUUUCAUCUUUCAACUAUCAUAGACCAUCAUUUACCUCGAAUACAACAAAUAUUACGGGUACCAUUUUUGGGUAUCGUAAAGGAAAAGUCAAUUUUUGUAUCCAAACAAACCCUAAUUCCUCUACCCCGCUUCUUCUCCUUGAACUCGCGGUUUCUACUUCUACCCUAGCACGUGAAAUGCGUGGAGGGCUACUAAGAAUCGCACUUGAAAGUUCCAAUAACGGAGGUGGAAGUGGAAAUAAUGAUAAUUCUUCCCUUCUGUCCAUGUCUGUAUGGACGAUGUAUUGUAAUGGAAAAAAAGUAGGGUUCGCGGUUAAAAAAAAACCUACAAAAUCCGAUUUACAAGUGUUGAAUCAAAUGGAAAGUGUAGUUGUUGGUGCUGGCACUGUUCAUGGUAAAGAAAUUAAUCGCGAUGAUGAUAUAAUGUAUCUAAGAGGAAAAUUCGAAAGGGUUCAUGGAUCUUCAGACUCAGAGUCAUUUCAUUUAAUCGAUCCUGAAGGAAGUAUGGGGCAACAACAAUUGAGCAUUUUCUUUCUCCGCUCUCGUUCUAGCUGAGCUGAUCGUGAUGUGUGAAUCAGCUUGAGCAACGUGCAAUUUUUUGCUAAUUUUUUUUUCCUCCUAGAUUAUGAGUUUUGUACUUUGGUGUUGCCAUGCAACACCCCAUGUGUUUUUCGAGCUGUGUUUUUUGGCAUGGCUUUUUUUUUUAUAUCCCUUAUAGGGAUAUUUAAUUUGUCAUGGGGUGUGU